GCGCUACUCCAAUUAAUUAGGUCUUGCUUACCGGGUUGCUUGUUAAAACCGGGACGUAUGGUAAGCCUAAUAUUACCUAUAAAUGGAUGUCUUUACAGCUUUGUAUAGAACGAAGAAAGUCGCAAAAAUAAAUAAAUAUCUCAUCCAAGCAAAAUAUUCGAUCUUUUAUUCCAGUUAUAACCAUAAUACACACCCAAUACGGUAACUUGAUAAAGAAUACUGCAAGUGCUCAAUGGAUUUAAUCUACCAUUUUGUGUUGAUUUUGAUUACGUUUGGGAGACUCACAAGCGCAGCGGACUUAUGCCUAAGAGAGCUCCGUGGAUGGGAAGGGUCUUUCAUGUUCCCGGAUACGAAGCCUUCAGAGACUUAUGACAACCCUUUCUAUACUAAGGGAGAAAACAUGGAAGCAGAUUGUGUGUUCUAUAUGGAAACUUAUGGAUCCAGAGACACUGUAUUGACGUUUAGGAAUAUAAAAGUUGGGAAAAGUAACAUUGAGAUCAAAGAGUUAGUAGAAGCAGAGGGCAAACAGACAUGGCAGACUCUUCAAACAUUGAGUGGUAACAUCCCAAGAAUUGACGUUCACGCUACAAAGGCAAAUGUUAAAAUUGUGGUUCCGGAGAACGCUGGAUCUUUCGCCAUGGAUUACAAAUUGAUAACAUGCUCUCCUCCUACACCCAUGAUGACCGCACUUGCCUGCACGAAGGGAUUUCACAUGAAUUCACAUUGUAUAUUUGGAUGCGGAGAAGGAUAUUUUCCAGCUUUAUUGGACGACCCAAGACGACAUGCACAUUGCACACGAGGUUUUCUGAGCAUCGUAACUGGAGACUCGACUUACGGAUGGGACUCUCAUAGACGAAACUUGGAAACGGCCUGCAUUGAGAAGUCUGUUGUGUACAGAGACUGCUUAGGAGAAAGGAAGCCCCGGCAGCCUGACAAGUGUCCGUAUUCUCUUUCUGAUUUGCUGCGACUGUUUGGCGAAGAUGGAUUGAAAUCAGAAGGGUCAGAGGUCAGAGGAUCAGAAGGGUCAGAGGUCAGAGGAUCAGGGGGGUCAGAGGGGAAUCAAGCACCGCAGUUGGCACCACAUGAGGCGCUACAGGAGGCACCACGGAUGGCGCCUGUCCUCCUUACGCAAAGUUUGAAACUGUACAAAGUUCCCCCGAAAUGCAAAAAAUAUUGCAACAGGAGCGGAGGGAUCUUCGAUACACCGUGUUCUCUUCCGAAAGCAUCAAAAGCAAAGCGAACUUGCAUUCGAUGCAGAUAUUCACCCAAACGUUUUUGUUCUGGAGGAGGCAUUCUGCUUAAAUGAGGAAUUCCUGAUUCGAGAAAGACAGUUGCCAGAAAUUUGAGAGUUUCAAGACAAAAAUGCGAAAGCUGAAUUUUAUUUAAGAAUAUUGCAAAUAAUAAAUAAAUGCCGUUUAAGCUGGUUUCUAAUAUUAGUUUGGAGCAAUAUUCAUCAAAAUAUUUCAAUCAAAAGUUGAAAAUUGUAAA